AUGCCCGACGGUCUGCCACUUGACCAUGACCACCCGCUGAGCGGAACGAUGGCGGCAUACGCUCAACAAAUAGUCGUCUGCACGGGGCAAAGAGACUGGACGAGUCGCAUUGAGGAUGAUGGCCCAGAUCAGAGCUGGGGUGGCCUAGUGAGAGGGCUGAAGAGACUGUUGGGACGCGGUGGCCCUUAUGCAGACCCCUUCAACAACGUUAUGAUUACGAAUUCCUCCUUAUCCCAGUCCCCCACUUCAUCGUCCUCCGCGGGCACCGCAUCAGCCUUCCUUUUUCCGAGCUUCAAAUAUUUCCCAUCAAUUCCCACUCAUAUCUCCGGUUCGCCUGAGACCAGCACCGACUUGUCAACCUUUGUACGAGCGUACCUUUUGCCCACGAAGCUUAGUCCAAUGACGGAAACCCUUCCAGAGCCGCGACACAGUGACCUUCUCCGAAAACCGGACUUGGCAUCCAGAUUCACCGAUGCCGUAGAGCUAAAACACUCCCCCGUGAUCCUGAUAUGUGGCCACGGCGGCCGAGAUAUGCGAUGCGGGGUGAUGGCGCCAGUACUUAAAGAGCAGUUCCGCAAGGUGCUGGGGAGCAAAGGGAUAUUCGCGCCAGCCGAUGCACGCGCCAGUAGCAAUUUUGACAGCCCAGAACGUGCCCAUAUUGGUUUGAUCAGCCAUAUUGGCGGGCACAAAUACGCCGGAAACGUAAUUAUAUAUAUCCCCAAGGGUAUGAAUUACGAGGACUCGUCCGCGCCCCAUCCGCUGGCCGGCAAGGGGAUUUGGUAUGGACGGGUCGAGCCCAAGCAUGUUGAGGGUAUAGUUGAGGAAACCAUCCUGAAAGGCAAGGUGGUGUCGGAUCACUUCAGAGGUGGGAUAGAUCAAGAUGGUGAUAUUUUGAGGUUAUAG